CUAUUCUUUCAACUCUUACUUUAUCAUUACGCGCAAAGCAAUGGCCAUGGUAUCUACUCUCCGUCUUCCACAUUCCCCGCAGCCAACAAUGGCGCUCACAGAGGGGGGGGUGGAGGAAGCACGUAAUGUGCUUCUCUCAUUUGACCAGCUACCAAAAUGGCAUCAAGACAACGAAUUUAUUCUUCAUGGCUACCGCUCAAUUUCAGGCUCUGGUUGGAUUUCAUUUCGCAGCUGGUUAUAUAUUCACAAUGAAUCUGUUAAUAUAUAUUCUCAUCUGGUACCAACAAUUAUCUUUUUACUUAGCGAGUGGUAUCUUUUACAGUAUCUUAAAAGUCAAUAUUCUUAUAUUACUAGCGCCGAUGUUUUUAUCUUCUGCUUCUUUAUUAUUACUGUUAUUAUCUGCCUGGGGCUAUCAACAACAUACCAUACCUUAAUGAAUCAUUCUUCUAAUAUUGAACAGUUAUGGCUGCAAUUCGACCUAGUGGGCAUAGUGAUUUUAAUAUUAGGUGUCUUUAUAUCAGGAAUAUAUAUGGUCUUUUGGUGUGAACCGUUAGAGCGUAAGCUUUACUGGUCAAUGAUUGGAGGUCUUGGUUCUUUUACUAUCUUUGUCAUGUUAAUUCCCUAUUUUCAAGGUAAAGAAUUCCGGGUUUUCCGAGCACUUGUAUUUAUAGGGACAGGCUUAUCUGGCUUUGCACCUUUAAUACAUGGGAUUAAGAUGUUUGGCUGGUUGCAAAUGAUAAAACAAUCUGGAAUGUUUUAUUAUUUAAUUGAAGGGGGAUUUCUUCUCCUUGGGGCUUUAUUUUAUAUUACAAAAUUUCCUGAGAAACAGUUUCCAGGUCGUUUUGAUAUAUACGGCUCCUCCCAUCAACUUUUUCACAUCCUAGUUGUCUCCGCUACUGCAUUUCAUUUAAUUGGGAUAAUGGAUGCCUUCAACUACAAUUAUAUUAAUCGAACAUGUUCAUCUCACUGAGUCAUCUACUUGUACGGGGCAGCGGAUAUCUUCCCGUGGGUCACUUGCAAUAGAUAGUACUCAUCAAAAGCCGGAAUAGAAGGAUAUAAAAGACCUGCCUGAAGCAUGUCAUUCCUUGGCUAUCUGCAGUAGUUAGAAACAAGAGGUAAAAGAGAUCCAUCUAUCUGGUGACAGAAAAAC